GUCGUGUCCUCCGGACCAAAGAGGAAAAGAACCAACCGGACUGUUAUAGGUGCCAUGUUCAAAAGCCAGUAUCUGUGAUGGUAUGGGGGUGUAUUCGUGCACAUGGCAUGUGAAGGCACCAAAAAUGCUGAAAGGUGAAAGUGCAGCUGCCGUGCAUGGAUUAUGUGGAAAUUCCUCCGUGGAUUUGAGUGAGGAGAGAGUCUCAGAGCACAGCAUUGCUGGGUGUGAGACACAACAUGAAGAAGCUAAGGAUGGAAUGAUCAACUGCAAUGCUUCAACUGAAUGGUGUCAACUCAUGUGGCAGGAUCCGUUCACUCGGUGCCACAUGCAAAUCGACCCUGAGCCCUUCGUUUCGGCCUGCAUCAGCAAUUUGUGCCAGUCCCCCGCAGUGGAUGGCCUCAAAUGCCACCUGAUGGAGGCCUAUGCCAGAGCCUGUCACCAGCAAAACAACAUCACAGUGGAGGACUGGAGGUCGACGGCUGGAUGCGCUGCCGGUCCUGAGGCCAUGUGCCGGGACAAGUUCUGCAGCGAUCACGAGUUCUGCGGCGUGAGCUAUGACGGAAAAGCUCAUUGUCUUUGCCGGGCUCUUCUUGCCUCAGACUACAGAUCCAAAGACAAGUUUGGUGAGCCGGCAGUUUGCAGCCACACAUCUGCUUCGGUGACCAUGUACUGUUGCCUUCUGUUGGAGAAGGGCAUCGACUACACAAGGCUACACCUCAACGACGAGAGCUGCAAAGGUGACAUUGACGAUAAGACCCACAUGGUGUCGUUUAACUUUGAUAGGGACCACACAUGUGGAGCAAUCAUCAAGGCAAACUCGAGCAAAAUAACCUACAAAAAUGUCAUCAUGACACCCAACAUCUCCAGUGUAGUGACACGUUACAGUAACGUGCAGAUGGAUUUCUCCUGCCAUUUUGACCAACCGGACCCAGAGGGCCUGGCCAUCAAAAUCAAAGACAGCCCGGUGAUUAAACACCUCACUUCGGGCGAGUGGGAUUACACCCUGACCCUGACUGCGUACACCGAUCCCGGAAGAACACAACCCAUAGAGUCGAGUACCGGAGUUCUGCUCAAUGAGAAAAUCUGGGUGGAGAUCAAGGCGUAUGGAUUGGAGGGAAACACCCUCUCUAUAGUGACCGAAUCCUGCUGGGCUACAGAUCAAUUGUCUUCAAAUGGGAGCAUUCGUUACGAUCUCAUCACUGCAGGAUGUCCUAAUCCUGCCGACUCGACGGUGGACAUUGAAGGCAACGGGCAGGGAACGUCCAACUACUUCUCCUUCAACAUGUUCAGAUUCUUGGGCAAAGACAGCGAAAUCUUCCUGCACUGCAGAGUAGACCUGUGUGUGCAACAGGCAGACUCAUGCAUCCAGGUGUGCGACCAGGCAGCAAGGAGGCGCAGAUCUCUCCCGACCAUCGAUGCCAAAGGAGAUCCAUCCAUAGUUACCAUGGCUUGGGCAUAAUCAGGCAAAGUCACACCCCCAUCAACUUCAUCCUCCUCUCGCUGGCAAUCUCUGAUUUCCCUGUGAGCUUCCUGCUGUUCUGCUAGAGUUUCUCUAACUGCUACGUUGCAAUUUGCGACCCUCCGCGCUACUCCACCAAAGUCACCCCUCAAAGGACCUGGUUGUGCGUUUGUUUGUUUGUGCUGGCUGCGCUCCCUCAAUUUUCUCACGUUGAUGCUUCGGGACAAACUCUUGCAAGAGGACAUAAGCAUUUUAUUACAGCAUAUUAUUUCCACGCUAUUAUUUCUGGGCCACAUAAAAUAAUGUGGCGGGCCAGAUUUGGCCCCGGGCCUUGAGUUUGAUACCUGUGGCUUAGAGAUUUACAAAACCCCAAAUUUUGAGAUUUUCAAUUUGGGGUUUUCAUUAACUGUAAGCCAUAAUCAUCAAAAUGAUAUCAAAAGAAGGCUCGAAAUAUCUUGAGUUGCAUGUUAUGAGCCUAUGUCAUUUAUUAGUUUCACCCUG